CCCCUGAGGCCCCCACACUGCAGUGCGGCCAGGCCCCCUCCCCGCAGGGGCCGCCCCUGCUGCCCACCUCUGGUGCCCGGGGCGGCCCGGCCCGCAGGGCCAUGAAGCUGCAGGCCGUAAUGGAGACCCUUCUGCAGCGGCAGCAGCGGGCACGCCAGGAGCUGGAAGCCCGGCAGCCCCCGCCGCCCCUGCCUCCCCCGCCGGCCGAGCUCCCUGCUGGCCCCCCGGCCCGUGCCAGGGCCGCCCCGGAGGAGGACAGAGAGCCAGAAAAGGCCCGGAUGCAGCGGGCCCAGAUGGCUGCGCUGGCUGCCAUGCGGGCAGUGGCUGCAGGCCUCGGACCCGCGCCCAGCCCCAGCGGCUCAGAGGAUGGGCCCCCCAGCUUGGAGGAUGAGGACACGGCCCAGGAAGGGGCGCCAGGCUCGCCUGCCCCACCUGGCCGAGGCAGGGAGGCACCGGGACACGCUGAAGGCGACGGGCACUUGGAGGACGUGGGCUCCGAGGGCGACCUGAAGCCAAAAUGGGAGGAGGAGGAGGAGGAUCUGGAGGAAGACCUGGAGGACGAGGAGGACGAGGAGGACGAGGACGAGGACGAGGACGAGGACUACGAGGACGAGGAGGGGCUGGGGCCCCCGGGCUCCUCCGGCCUGGGCCCCGCAGCCCUCGUCCCCCGCAGGGCCCCGCUGUCCCAGGCCUUCCGCGGCGACAGCGGGCCGCGGGCGCUUGGUGGCCAGGAGCGCCAGGGGGCCAGCCUGGCCCACAGCGGGGGGGCUGCCCAUGUGGUGCCUCAGCUGCAGCCGCCCGACCACGGGGACUGGACCUACGAGGAGCAGUUCAAGCAGCUCUACGAACUGGACGGGGACCCCAAGAGGAAGGAGUUCCUGGACGACUUGUUCAGCUUCAUGCAGAAGCGAGGGACGCCCGUGAACCGCAUCCCCAUCAUGGCCAAGCAGGUGCUUGACCUGUUCAUGCUGUACGUGCUGGUGACCGAAAAGGGCGGCCUGGUGGAGGUCAUCAACAAGAAGCUAUGGCGGGAGAUCACCAAGGGCCUCAACCUGCCCACGUCCAUCACCAGCGCUGCCUUCACCCUGCGGACCCAAUACAUGAAAUACCUGUAUCCCUACGAGUGUGAGAAGCGCGGCCUCAGCAACCCCAACGAGCUCCAGGCCGCCAUCGACAGCAACCGGCGGGAGGGACGGCGCCAGAGCUUCGGGGGCUCUCUCUUCGCCUACUCGCCCGGCGGGGCCCACGGCAUGCUGUCCUCACCCAAGCUGCCCGUGCCCUCCCUGGGCCUUGCCACCAGCACCAACGGCAGCUCCAUCACCCCCGCUCCCAAGAUCAAGAAAGAGGAGGACUCAGCCAUCCCUAUCACGGUCCCCGGCCGCCUGCCGGUCUCCCUGGCGGGCCACCCCGUGGUGGCAGCCCAGGCGGCCGCUGUGCAAGCGGCGGCCGCCCAGGCAGCCGUGGCCGCCCAGGCAGCCGCCCUGGAGCAGCUGCGGGAGAAGCUGGAGUCCGGGGAGCCUCCUGAGAAGAAGAUGGCCCUGGUGGCGGACGAGCAGCACCGGCUCAUGCAGCGAGCACUGCAGCAGAAUUUCUUGGCCAUGACAGCCCAGCUGCCGAUGAGCAUUCGUAUCAACAGCCAAGCCUGCGAGAGUCGCCAGGACUCCGCCGCAAACUUGAGCAAUCCCAACGGCAGCAACAGCAUUAACAUGUCCGUGGAGAUUAACGGGAUCAUGUACACAGGAGUGCUGUUUGCUCAGCCACCAGCGCCCGCACCACCCUCAGCUCCCAGCAAAGGCAGUGGUGGCAGCCGGGGAGCGAACAGCGGGACCAGCAGCAGCGCCGGCAGCCAGGCCGGGCCGGCGGGGUUGUCCACACCUGCCACAUCUUCUACCUCAAAUAACUCAUUGCCUUAACCGCACCACUCCCCACCCGCCACCCCCACCCCAGGAGCCCGCCUGGGCGGGGGGCGGGGUCGAGGUGGGCCAUGCAGGGGCCGGGACUGCGGAAGAUACGGGUGGGGAGGGGAGGUGUCCACGAAAGAGCCACAGCUAACGCCAAAAAGAAAAGAAAAAAGUAUAUAUACAUAUAUAUAUAAAGAAAAUUUAAUAAAACAGGGGAAAACCAAGGAACACUUGAAUUACUCAGGUUCGGACAUUCAGAGACGUGAAUUGUGAGAGCAGCAAAGGAAAUCGGAAGAGAGAGGGGCACAUAUUUCCGAGGGCUGCAGCCCUGCUGGACCAACUGACUGGGGUCUGGGGUCUGUGUGGACCGGUUGCCAUGGAAGGCCGAUCCUGUUUACCUCAUACAUCUCUGCACUGUGUGUUUUCAUUUUUGUCUGUUUUUUUCCCUUUUUUUCCCCAUUCAUCACACUCACCACACCCAGCUCCUUGUGUUGAAUGAAACCCCUGAGCCAAGAUCAGCUGAAUUUUUUUUUUUCUUGUUGCUUUUGGGAACUUUUUUUUUUUUUAAGAAACAGUGAUACUCAAGAUCUAUAGGGCUUUUAAGAGGUUUCGGGGUUUUGUUUUGU